AAUAACGCGAGAAAGCCAUAGCCAGAACAAAGAAGAGUUCCUUUAACGUAUGGUAAUUAAUUAUUAAUUUUUACUGGCAGUGUCAGCUCCCUGCUCGCCCUGGACGAUAAGUAGUCCCGCCUCCAGCGCGUAAAGCCAUAAUGCGCCUUUACGCACUGUUCUCACUAAGAGAAGUGCGGACCUCAAGAAGAUGCUGGGCGUAUUCAGGCGAGAUACUCGCAGCAUCUAAGAUUAUUGUUCCCUCAAGAAUUGCCGUGGACAUCCCAGCGGCUGCAAAAAUGACUGCUAAAGACACUGGGUGCACCAACGCUUCCAUCCAAGUUUGCGACAACAAGACGAAUGCCGGUGGGAAUGUAUCUGUUGGAUUUCCAAUAUCCAUGAUGGUCACUGGCGUAGUUGGCAACUCUUUGGCUCUCAUUCUGGUGUACAUAUCAUACAGAAAAAAGGAAAACAGAAGAAAAAAGUCUUUCUUACUUUUCAUCGGAUCUUUGGCUUUGACAGAUCUGUUCGGACAACUUUUGACGAGUCCAGUUGUUAUAUCAGUCUACCUGGCUGAUCUGAACUGGUGCGCAAUUGACAAUACAGGGAAGCUGUGCAAAUACUUCGGUGUUUGUAUGACAACUUUCGGGCUGUGUUCUCUCUUUUUGGCCAGCGCCAUGGCUUUAGAAAGGGCCAUGGCGAUAACAAACCCCCAUUGGUACUCUAAUCACAUGAAGACAAGCAUGACAAAGAUGACACUGGCUGCCAUAUGGUGUUUUGGGUUUCUCUUUUCUCUGCUGCCUAUUGCGGGGAUCGGGGAGUACUCGAACCAGUGGCCGGGCACCUGGUGCUUCAUCAGCACGGGGAAGAGUGAGUCUUCUGCCAAUGUGUUUUUCGCCAUCACUUUCUCUGUUCUUGGGAUUUUCUCGCUACUUGUGACACUAUCCUGCAAUGUGAUGACUAUCCGAGGUUUGAUCAUUCGGUGUAAAACAAAGAGUGGUGCAUCCCAGUCUUCAAAGCAGUGGGAGCGUCUCACCACGGAGACUGUCAUUCAGCUCUUAGGAAUCAUGUGCGUCCUGAUUAUUUGCUGGUCUCCACUGCUGUUAUUGCUGCUGAGGAUGAUCUACAGCCAAGUAUCCUCCCAAGAAUGUAAGACAACAAACACAACAUCCACUUCCAUCCAGAGCAAAGUUUCAAAUCUUGACUGUGACUUUUUUCUGACCGCAAUACGUUUGGCCUCCCUCAACCAAAUCCUGGACCCGUGGGUCUACCUGCUCCUGAGAGAGAUCCUCCUGCGAAAGUUCUGCAUCAUGGCCAAUGCCGUCUCCAACUGCUCCGCAGAAGAUCCGAAGGAGAGCCAGACAGCACUGGAUGCUCUCAACAAACAAAAUCAACAUGGGAGCAACAUUUGUAAAGCAACAAGUAAUUAAAUCAGCAUUUGGCAAUAAUUACCAUCCUAUGACCUGUUGAUCAAAAUGCUUUCAGAACUAAAGAAAUAACAAAGGAAAGCAAAUAAAUGCAUAACCUUCUACACAAGGACUGUGCAGUGGGAUGCAGCUGAGCCUCCUGUACAGGUACAGGUAUCUGUUUUGUUUAAAACACAUUUCAUUGAAGGGUACUGAACCAACAUGUGAAUGAUUGACUCUGCCAUUCUUUAAAUCUGGCUGCUGUGUGGCCAUCAGAACUUUCUUGUGACCAAGGUUAAUAUAAACUUUUGAUAGAUGCAACAUCUGCAUGAGGGUUAAUUCUGACUGAUAACUCAUGUGAGGCAAUGAGUUGACUGUAAGACUAUCUAAUGUAAGUUUUGUUGAAUGAAGAGAAAAGUGCUGAAAACAUGUUGUAAAUAACUUUGUUUUCUCUUCUGUGAUGCAGGUCAUUUUGCUUAAGAAGCAAUCAUAUUUAAAGAAAACAUAUAUUCUAAACUGGAGCCUAUGGUUGAAAAUACUGUUAUUUAUUAGUGUCUGUAAGAUUUUGUCCUAAUGAAGUUAUCUGCCUGGUUCCACUUUUUGCAAAUUUAUACCUUCCUGCACAUCACGCUUCUUGACUACCAGCCAGGACUAAUAAAUGUGAAGCUUUGUUGGCAGGUCUCAUCCUGAACAUUAAAUACAUUGCACAUGUAGACCUUCUUCUGCAGUAUUUGUUUCAAAAACCCAAGAAACUCAUAAUAAAGUGUCAAGGAGCUAUGGAAUGGAGUGUAUACUUGCGGUGACAGACAUUAUGAGGCAUAAAACUACUUGUUAGGGAACUGUACACUCUACAACUUGUUGCAAACUGUACAGCAUUUUCACCAGCCAGUUAAUAACAUGUUAUGGUUUUAUAUAACAUACGACAAAGAAGGUGCGCUGUAUACAGUAUGUUUAAAACUGACCAUCACUUGAAAUUAUAUUCAUCAUAUUUAAAUUGUUUUAUGUACGUGGAUUUUUAAUUAACGUCUUGCCUGCAGUGGAUAGUAUCUGAAGUACAAAUGUAUAUACGUUUGUGCUGGAGGGUAAAGCUAACAGCUUGGUCAAAGAGGGCAAACAUAAAAGGAGCCUAAAACAAGUUCCAUCUCAACAGCAUCAUAGCAAAUGUUUUUUUUAUAUACCUUUUAACAUUGAUAACACAAGGAGCAAUGACUGUUUACCCUGAAAAAGGAGGUUAGAAGUGGUGCACCAGCAGUGAGUGAGCACUUUCCUGUGUUACCGAAAUUGGAAUAAGUAAAGUGCUUAUACACUAAAUUAUUGUGGUGCCAAAGGCAGAAAUACCAAAGUGCUAUAUGUGAUUCUGUGUGACAUUGGUCUCAUUUUGUUGUGGGAAUUCUAUGUAGAUACUGAAUGAAAACACUAGCCUGGUAAGAAACCAGCGUCUUGUUCUACACUUUGCUUCGUACGGAGGGUCUGGGUUCUUGGCUGUUGACAAAUUGCUUGCUUGAACUCUGUUGGGGAUUUAAAUUGAACCCAGUGGCAAAAGUUUACCCAUGAUGUAUGUAAUGUGCCAGUUUGAUGCUACAAAGCUUACCAGAAAUUGCAUUCUCUGUAAACAACUAUCCUCCAUUUAGAAGAGACACACGGUUGAGGAUAUCUUGUUCUUCGUUCACUUCCUUCACAGCCACUGGCUAAAUCAUGGGUAGAGUAGAAUACUAAAUCAGUGCAGAAACCUCUCCUUCUGUUCACUGAUUGGGCUGGUUUAAAUUUUAUUGGAGAAAUCCAAUAAUAUGAGAAAAAGCCCAAUUAUUGACGAAACUUAUUGAGAGCCAUGGAAGACAUAAAAAGCCCCAGGUUGUAGAGACCUGAAAUAGCUGUUAUAGCUUCAGUAUUGAUCAGCAAAUCAUUACGUGAAGUACCUUAAGUACUUCACGUAAAGUCUAAUUAGUUUUAAUAAUAUAGACAACAUUAUUAUACAAAAUCUUUUCUCAUCUGAGGUUUGUCAUAUUGUUUUGUAGUUUUGACUGAAAAUGAGAAAAUUGGUUCGUAUAUUCAUAUUACCUAUGCUUUCCUUGUUUCUAUGUGUUCUGUGUUGUACUUGACAGUUGACCUCUUGUUAGGACUUUUAAAGUGAAUAUCAACUCACAGAUUAAAAAAAAAACAUGAAAAGAAGCAGAAAUGAUGCUGUGAAAUGUGGUGGUUACAUUGUUGUUUAUGUUCAUACAGUAUAGCUACUCAUUUGUUUGGAUGUAUCAUAGUGUACUCUAUUUUCUCUCAAAGUCAGCAGAAUUUACUUCGUUAAAUCUCCACCGUGCUCUUGCUAAACAGAGUUAUUUAUUCACAACUUUUACACACAAAGUGCAGUUUGUCAAGAGGGCUCAGAUGGAAUCGAUGUACCUUAUAAUGAGGUGGCUUGAUCUUUGUCCCAACUUUCUAAAAGUCAAUAUGAAAAAAACGAAGGGUAACUGUUGAUUUUGCAAAAUGUGCGUAUAUUUUAACAGCUGUGUUGUUCUGAUAUUUGAUAUUAUAUUUAUAGAGUGGCAUCAUUUUGACACUGCAUAUAAUUUCUUCAUGUCUGGAAAACAUGAGAUUGAUAUGAUACACGUCACGUUUCUGUCUCUAGCAGUUAACCCACCUCUCUGCCUCCUUUGCACAUCAACCAAUCAGAUUAGGCUAAUGUGCACCAUCAUCCGUGCCUGGUUUUGCCUUUGUCUUUUAACUGUGAGAAGACACACAAGCUCAUUGAUAAUGACCCUAUCGGAAAUUGUUAUCUCUGAAACUGAUGUGAAAGAUGAGAAUUUUUUUUCCUGUUUCCAAGUAACUGUUCAUUUGCUGAGAGAAACAGAGCCAAACUGGGCUUAUCUUGUGCUAGUUGUAAACACUGUUUGCUAAAACCUGAUAGAUGAGAGAAAAAAAAACAGAGGUUAAGAGAAAUCAAAACAUUUUACACCAUAAUGAAUUGAUAGUCAUGAUUACUAUAGAUUUUAUUGCAUUAUGUAAAUGUGGUUUUGAAAGAAUAAUGUCUUCCUCAACAAUUCCUCAGUUUCACUACAUAUAAAUGGAUUCGCUUUGGUGUAAGUGGUUUUCACCUGAAUUAAUAUUGAAACUAAUUGAUCGUGUGGCGUGGCUGUGCAUUAGCAAUAUUUAUCCUGAGCAAAUGUCCACCUGCAACAGUUAACAUGAACGCAAACGGGCAGCUCUGUGCUUUGAGGUUUUACACUUAAAAGAAUGAAAAUUAAUAAUGUUCCAGGAUACAACCUAAUUACAUUACACUUGAAGCUGCAACAUUUAAUAGCUUCAGUUAUACCAAAGCGUCUUGAUAAAAUGAAUUAAAAUAAGGAAUAUGCCUUUAUAGCACCUUACUGUGGAAGGGAAAGUGUGAGGAUUGUAAUUAAUUUGACCAGAUGGAUGUAGUAAGAUGCAAUGAAAUAUUUACUGAGACCAUUUCCUGUUGUACUGCAACACAGUUUUGGUCAUGAAUUAUGUAUGAAUAUUUCAUCCAAGGUCUACCCGAGGGUAUUAUGGGAUGAGAAUAUCAAGAAAUCCUCUUUAUGGACCCACAAAGCUCAGAGAUAAUGUUUGGCCUUGCUUAGAGAUUUACCAGAAAUGUACUUAAUAUAUGUUUAUAAAUUAUUCUGUCUCACUAUGACCCAUCUGCCUUGUGUUUCAAUACCAUAGGAAAACUUAAUUCCAUGGGAAAAUUAUGCUUAAAUGUCAUUGUAGAUACACAAUUUGAUCUUUAAGCAAGGCAGGCUGCCACAAUUGUGUGUCACUGCUUGUAUAUAUCAUGUACUGUAUACCCCACAUGUGCACCACUGCUGCAGAACUGCUACAGCUGUGACCCAGCUGUAGCAGUGCCUAAUAACAUUACUAGAUCUCAGACAAUGCUAUGUUGUCUCCAUUCAAGAAGAUAGACUCACCUCGGCAUAUUUCACACUUGAAACAGAAAGUAAAUGUUUCACAUUAUUUAAGUUAAUGUUUAUCUGACCAACUAGGGACAUUCACAGAGUAUUUAAGUGUCCUUCGUAAGUGAGUUGUUGCUCCUUAAAUAUGUAGAAAAAGCAAAAAAAAAGUGAUAUCAAAGCAAAAGUAAUGUUCCUGGUUACAAUGCAACUCCACAGUGAAAUCUGCACUUGCAAAGAUGUAACAAGAUUUUAAAUUUUGCAGAAAUUCCCCCUCACUUCCUCACAUUUCAGAUUGUGUGGCAUGACUCUUUCAAUGUGCCAGUAUAUGUAACAUGCCACAAAAAAGUGUCUGUAAACAAACACUUAUCAUUGUUUUGGAGAACAACUAUAAUCAUUUAAUUAUAAUAAUUACUACGUUUAAGUCGGAAAAUAUUUAUUGUUGAGAGCACUCCCGCGGGGCAUUCACACAUUCAUUCUGCACCAGAAUCAUUGGGAAUAAUGCAAUUACAUAAUGACCAAAUCCAGAAAUGGUAGUUGGCCUGCUCUCAGACUCUAAUCUAAUGCGUGGGAAUGAUUUACUGAUUGUCUUAUGACCUUGGUGUCUUGAGAUUGUUUUGAUAAGGAGAGAAUGUCUGAUAAGAGUAUGGUUGAAUGACGUGUCUUAAAGACUGAUUCACUUUGGUUUAAUAUCUUUAACAUGCAAAAUACUAGUCAAAUUCUAAAAUGUAGUAAAUAUGUAUUGUAUGUAUAGCAUUAAUUCUCCAUCUGCAAGAAAAAAUGCCACAACUUUAUCUUUCCAUUUGUAUUUGUCAUGUAAACUGGUUUCCUGCAAAAUAAUCCUGUUCUUGUUUAUGAGAAGAACUGGAUAGGACAUUUUGUUUUACUUUUUUCUCAUUUUGCUGGUGGUGUAAAAAUCAUAAACAUUUUGCAGAUAAAGCACAUAAUGACCUGUUUUCAGAAACUAUGUUGAAUAAACAAAUAACCAGAAAACACAGAAAAGUAAGAUGCACCAUUUUGAGUCCAUUUUUAAGAGCUAACAUGGAUUUUUCUGUGCACACAGAAACACGUUUGUCCAUACCUUUGUGACCAAAUGCCUCAGAUGGUUUUGUGCAUGUGAUGCCUGUGGAUACCACUGAUCAAAGUUCUCUAAAUUACAAAAAAAAAAUCUUUGGAAUGGGUUUUUAGAUGAGGGCUGCAUAACAAAAUUAUUUCUUUGUUUUAUUUCUUAUGCACUGAGUGAGCAACUCUGCAGACUUGUGCAAUCUUGCGUAAUUUUUAUCUUCAAAAGGCUUACAAUAUUUCUUGUUGAAAUGAAAAUAGAAAUGGAUUUCUUUCCAGACAGGUGUUUCCUGAUAUCUAUGUCUUUGUUCUGUGUCAGUCCAACAUACAGCCCUCCUUCUAGUCAUUAUGUAAUCCUUAAAAUACAAGAAAAUAGAAAUGAAUCAAGUUCUUUCACAAAGUGCAGUAAAAAUCAAAAGACACAUUGUUGAACUUUGUGUGUUUUUGUGCUAAACAAAAUGACUCAGAUGUAGUUUUCUUCUUCUAAAUAUAUUCUACUUUGUGAAUGUAUUUUGCUGCUGGCCACUGAAAAGCUUGUGUAGGCUUCUUGUUGUUUAUGCAUUGUGUUUCUAAUGGGCUAAUAAAAAGAUCAA